AGUCAACGUUGAACUUCGCGCCGCUGCAGACGUCAACGCCUGGCCGUAGAGUGUUUUAGUGUGCGUGUGCGACACAGUGAGAGAGACUGAGAGAGAGGGAAAGCUCGUGCUGAAAACAUUGCCGUCAUAUUUACACGUGAGUCGCAGCAGACCAGCAGAUAAACAAAGCAAUAGCAGCUGCAAAAGCGCAAAUCGUUAAAGGACGCCGAGGACGUUGGCCAAAAGUCAAAUCAAAUCGCGAUUUGCGCGCGUUUUUUCUUCUUCAUUUGACUGCCGAAAAAGUAGCAAAUUUUUACCUUUUAUCGUCUAGUGAAAGAUGUCGCUACUAACGACCAACAGCCACUCGCUGUCCGAGGAGGAAAUCGAUGAAUACUCCGAUGGCACCGUCAGAUUACGCAACUCGAAUAUCGAGCUAAUGGAUCAGGAUAUUCUAUAUCAUCUGGCGCUGGGCAGCGAGAGUCAUGAUCUGCAGGAAAUGUUUGGCGAUGUUAAGUUCGUUUGCAUGGGCGGGACACCAAAGCGCAUGGAGAACUUUGCACACUUCAUUAUGGAAGAUAUCGGUUAUAAACUGCCCGCUGGCACCCAGCUGCAGGAUAUAAGCGCUUACUCGUACCGCUAUUCCAUGUACAAAGUUGGUCCAGUGCUUUCCGUUAGUCACGGCAUGGGAACGCCCUCGGUUAGCAUACUGAUGCACGAGAUGAUCAAGCUGAUGUAUCAUGCCAAAUGCAUUGAUCCCAUCUUCAUACGCAUUGGCACCUGUGGCGGCAUCGGUGUCGAAGGCGGCACAGUCAUCAUCACCGAGGAUGCCCUCGACGGACAGCUGCGCAACUCGCAUGAAUUUACAAUUCUUGGGGAGACAAUCCAUCGGCCAGCCAAGUUGGAUAAGAAGUUGGCACGCGAACUGAAAUCGUUGGCAAGUCCUGAUGAUCCAUAUGACACCAUUAUCGGAAAGACACUGUGCACAAAUGAUUUCUAUGAGGGGCAGGGACGUUUGGAUGGCGCCUUCUGUGAGUUUAGCGAAAACGACAAGAUGACGUAUCUCGAGAAGUUGCGGGACAACGGCGUCGUCAAUAUCGAAAUGGAAAGCACCAUUUUUGCGGCGCUGACUCAUCAUGCUGGAAUCAAAGCCGCUGUUGUUUGUGUGGCGCUGCUUAAUCGCUUGAAUGGGGAUCAGGUCAAUGCACCCAAGGAGGUUAUGCACGAGUGGCAACAGCGUCCACAAAUUCUUAUCGCUCGAUAUAUACGCAAAGUGCUCUCCCAGAAUGGACAGCUGAAGUCGUUCUUUGGCCAUCAGGGAUCAAUAAAGUCGCCGCGUCGCUUCAAGCUGGUCCAGCAGGAGUCUCAGGCUCACGAAUAGAUAAUCUGUAUGUAUAUGUAUAUCAGAUAUAACGACAAGUUACCUUUUGGCUUUACUGUCCAAUUCCCCAACAACAAAAACAACAUUUCUUUAUGUAUACAAUUUGUUCAACAACAUUCCUUAGUUUAAUUGUCGCUUUAAGUUGUUUAGCCUAUUUUCACCCAAUGAAUGUACUAGAUGUAUAUCCAAUUCCUCAUUAGCUUAUUUAACACAACAAAAUAUUUAAAUAACGCUGUGUUUCCAAAUGCCAGCAAAUUAUUCAAAUUGUUGUUGAUUGCACUUUAAUAAUAAAACAAAAACCAAAACCAAAACAGAAAACAUACAGAAAAUAUUGUUAAUUGUUAUGUUGCAUAUAUUCUAAAUGAGGCAAACCAAAAAAAAAAAUAUGUAUGUAAUUCUGAUCAUAAUAUAAGAUUUCAUAAAUUAUUAUAUUACACACAUAUUGUAUUGUAAUUCCUAAACAUUUGUUAUAAUGUUGCUAAUCUUAAAUUUAUACAACAGUUACUCUUAUUCAAAUCUAUAUAAAAAGAAACCAAAACAAGCUGAAUACAAUUUAAAAACAAAAAGCGUUAAGCAUUGCAAUCGGACAUAACCGACUGCCGAAUACUCUGAUGCCAGCUGAUAGAUUUGGUGGCUCUAGCUAUAAAAUUGCGGAAUAUCAACAAAUAUCAAAACAAAUACAAAUAAAGGUUUCCAAGUUUGGCAACUUACAAUUUAUGCCGAUCUUUCUACGAGCUCACUUUCCAUUCAAAAUGGGUCUCAUAGCUUCGGUGUCAGAGUAUAGAAACGGUUUGAAUGCAAAAUACGAAAAACUUUAUGAAACUAAUUGGUAUAUAUAUUAAAAGCAAAAUGUAUUUAAACAA